AUGGAAGGACUCACGUUUUUCUUCUUUGCCCUUCUGGUGGACUUGGUCUGUGUUAUUGGAGAGCAGAAUACCCCUGUGAACCACAAGGCAUUCAUCCACGGAAUGCGUGGCUUUCCCAGGCCUACUGGAGGUCAUCGACAUCCUGUACAUCAUUCCAACAGGUUCCCACUCUAUAUGAUGCAGCUUUACCGGACUCUCCUGGAGGGAGACACCACCAAGGUACCAAGUUUCAGCGACGCCCGGACCAAGAGCGAGGACAACCCCCGCCUUCACGACUCCGACUCGAUCCUCAGUCUGGUAGCCAAAAGCUGCCAUCAGAGUGGUAGGAGGUGGUCUGUCACCUUUGACAUGUCCUCUAUCUCAGCUAGCGACAACAUCCAGCGCUCUGAGCUGCGGAUCCGACUGCCCUCCUUCUCUGCCUCUGAGCACGUCACUGUGGACAUGUACCAUUCCCAAGGAGGUCGCUGCUCCAGCCCGCCAUGCCCAGAGGAAAGCCUCUUCCUGGGCCACCUGAGGGCAGAGCCCACCCUCGAGACAACCGCAUCCAACUGGAGGGUGUUCAACAUCACUGCCUUGCUUCACUAUUACUGGCUGCACCAGGCAGGCUCCAAACGUGGCAAUGAAGAGAGAAGGCCGGAGGAAGGAAAGGAGGGUCUGGAGAGGGUCACGCACCCCACAGCUGACCGGGUAAUGAUGGUGGUGUUCUCCAAGCAUCAGACAGAGAAGCGGGUCCCCACCCUCAUCCGCACCGCUGAGCACUCCAAGUAUGUCACUGCGGACUGGGAGCGAGCUGGGGCUGUGGUCGAAUUCGCCGUCAGCUCGGACGGUGGGAGGAGGACCAACCGCAGGAAGAGGCACGGGCAUCACCAGAAAGCAGGAGUGGCCGGGGUGGCUCCUGGUACGGCCCGCUCGGAGGAGAACGGCCCUCUGUGCCGGAAGGUGGACAUGUGGGUGGACUUCGACCACAUCGGCUGGAGUGAUUGGAUUGUUUACCCCAAGCGUUACAACGCCUUCCGCUGUGAGGGAAGCUGCCCCACCCCGGUAGAUGAGACCUUCACCCCGACCAACCACGCUUAUAUGCAGAGCCUACUGAACCUUCACCACCCAGACCGGGUCCCGUGCCCCUCCUGUGUGCCCACCAGUCUGGCCCCUCUGUCCAUGCUGUACUAUGAGAACGGUGAGGUGGCCAUGCAGAACUUUGAGGGAAUGGUGGUGGAGGAGUGUGGCUGUCACUGAUCAGCCGGUGCCCAUGAACAUUCAUGAACACUGGACAUUCAAUAUGCACUUGACUUCCACAAGAACACCACCCAGGUUUAGCCACGCUGAAGGAUGGUCUAUGUAUGUAGUGAACACUGAAGCAGACUCUGACCGCAAGCACUGAAAAGGAUGGACAGAACCUCUCCAAAAUGUUUCUUUCAUACAUUUCUUAUGUAUACCUAAACACUCAUUACUGAGACAA